AAGAGGUUCACAAAGACAACGAAGAGUAUACAACCAAUAAAAAAAAGGACAGAAGAGAAGAGAAAUGAUGUUUGAGUCUCCAAGUGGAAAGAGAUGGAACUUGUUAUCAUCAGCUUCAUCUUAUAGAGAGACAAUUGUACUUGGAAGAUACAGUAAAAGUUGCAGAGAGCAGAAGCAACAAGGAAGAAGAAGAUCUAUGGAAGAGAGACUCUUGCCGAAGUGGAAAGUUCUGUUGAGGAAGCUCAAGUUGUUGCCUUCUUCUUCUAGAUCCACAAAGGUCACGGCUUAUGAGCUUAACGAUUACUCUUUGAAUUUUGAUCAAGGGCCCGGUUGGCACGACCACGAUGAGCCCGAGAAUCUUGCUAGGUCUUUCUCUUCUCGGUUUGCUGAUCCCACCAGGAUCAGAGCAACACGCUUGCUCUUGUAUUAAGUUAUUCUUUUGUUUCUCUCUUUUCUUUUCAGUGAUGAGAUACACUAGCUGUUAGUAUUGAAAAUGAUAAAAAAUGAUAGGUUGAUUACU